UCCACCUUCCCUCUGUCAGUGAAUAUGUCUUCGAAGGCUGUGGUCAUCGCUGCCCUGAUCGUGGGGGCAAUUGCCGAUUCGGUGCCCAGAUACAGCCCUCCUACUCCGUCCUACAGCCCCCCAACUCCCGUCUACAGCCCACCAACUCCCGUCUACAACCCACCAACUCCCGCCUACAAUCCUCCACAACCUGCUUAUAAUCCUCCUGCACCUGCUUACAACGCGCCCGCUCCCUCGGGUCCUGCGCAGUACGACUUCAAUUAUGCUGUGAAGGACGACUACUCCGGCAACGACUUCGGGCACCAAGAAGGCCGUGAUGGAUACGACACUCAGGGCACCUACUACGUCCAGCUCCCCGACGGCCGCCUGCAGACAGUCACCUACAACGUGAACGGCGACUCCGGAUUCCUGGCUGAUGUGGCUUAUCAGGGAGAGGCUCAGUACCCUGCCCAGGAGCCAUCCAGGUCCUACCAACCAGCUCCUUCUACAUCCUACCAGCCUGCCCCCUCCCCAUCCUACCAGCCUGCUCCCACCCCUGCUUACGGAUAA